AUGCCUAUAUGUCCCUAUCUAAUUAGUUAUAGCUUCCUAAUCAAUCCAAAUGGCCUAUAAAAUCAGUCCAUGCAUAAGGAUUUGGUAAAUCAAAACAGUAUAUAAACAUCUCAAAUUCGAAGGUGGCUUAUCUCAAGAUCAAUUAUACUUCAUCAAAACAUGGCGAAAUUCGGCAUUUUCGCAAUCGCAACGACGUUGUUGCUGCUAGAGCUACUCGCGGUCGCUACUCAUGCCGAUCUGGAGGCGAAUUUCUACGCGAAAUCGUGCCCGAAGGCCGAGAAAAUCGUGCAAGAUUACGUCUACAAGCACAUCCCGAAUGCCCCUUCUCUUGCGGCCGCCCUUAUUAGAAUGCAUUUCCACGAUUGCUUCGUGAGGGGAUGUGAUGCGUCAGUGCUGCUUAACACGACUGCGAGCACGGGGAACCAAACGGAGAGAGUUGCGAUUCCGAACCAGACGCUCCGGGGAUUCGGCUUCAUCGACGGGGUGAAGGCCCUGCUCGAGGCCGAAUGCCCCGGCGUAGUCUCUUGCGCUGAUGUCAUCGCGUUGGUCGCAAGAGACUCCGUGGUGGCCACGGGAGGUCCCUUCUGGAAUGUUCCAACAGGGCGUAGAGAUGGAGUGAUAUCAAAUGCUUCGGAAGCAUUGGCACAAAUUCCAGCCCCAACUAGCAACUUUACCACUCUCCAAACCGAUUUUGCUAACAAGGGCCUCGAUCUCAAGGACCUCGUCUUGUUGUCGGGUGCUCAUACGAUUGGCAUUUCCCAUUGCACCUCCUUCGACACUCGCUUGUACAAUUUCACGGGUGUCGGGGAUCAGGAUCCGGCCCUAGAUAGCGAGUACGCUGCAAAUUUGAAAGCCAACAAGUGCAAGUUCAUCAACUCGACCGUUAUAGUCGAGAUGGACCCGGGAAGUUUCCGGACGUUUGACCUUAGUUACUAUAAGCUUGUGCUCAAGCGGAGAGGUUUGUUCCAAUCCGAUGCGGCAUUGUUGACGGAUUCACGAACGAAAUCGUUUAUCACUCAAAUUUUGGAUGGAUCUCUCAAUAAUUUCUAUCAAGAAUUCGCCUCGUCCAUGGAGAAAAUGGGCAGAGUCGGAGUUAAGACCGGAAGUGUUGGCGAGAUUCGAACUCAUUGUGCCGUUGUCAAUUCUUGAUUUUGUUGUGUUUGAGGAAGGCUUUUUUCAAAAUUAUCUCGUACGUCAGAUAUUUCGGCAGCUUUUGUGAUCAAUUAGUUUGUAAUUUUAUUUUCCAUGAUUUAUGUUCGAUGUGUAAAAUCUAGGGUUUUAUGUUGCUUCGUGCCAUGUAAAGUGAGAUUCUUGAUUUCUUUAAAUUAAGAAAGUUGGUUGUUGAUUAA